UGUAUUGGCUUGUUUGUAUUUAUUCUCUUCUGUUACUGAGAGAUGUUUGGGCAUCGAAGCAAGGGGUUUGUCUUUGAAACUUAUUAGGUCAGCAGAGGGAUGACUGAAGUUGCUCUGAACUGUAAAAGGUAUAGAACCUGUACAGUACAGAACUAGUGGCAGGACUGUUUCAAUGCUUCUCUGAAUCUCUCUUUUCCUCUGUUCUCAGAGCAUGUGUUACCAGAAUAUUGAUUUUUGCAGCAUUAGGGACUUUGGCUGAGUAAGACAUACGAAUCCAUGUUUCCUGACAACUGUGAGCAUCUCCAAACUGUGGGAUCUUGGAUUACUUCGCCAUUCCUGUAUCAAAGUUCUCUCUCAACCUAUGUCUGGACUUCACAUAUCUGAAUUACAGGAAGAAGGAAUAAAUGCCAUUAACUUACCUCUCAGUCCAAUUCCAUUUGAACUAGACCCUGAGGACACUAUGCUAGAGGAAAAUGAAGUCCGAACAAUGGUUGAUCCAAAUUCAAGAAAUGACCCAAAAUUACAAGAACUAAUGAAGGUAUUAAUUGACUGGAUUAAUGAUGUGUUGGUAGGAGAGAGGAUUAUUGUGAAAGACUUGGCUGAAGACCUGUAUGAUGGACAAGUAUUGCAGAAAUUAUUUGAGAAACUUGAAAGUGAGAAGCUGAAUGUUGCUGAAGUUACUCAGUCUGAAAUUGCUCAGAAACAGAAGCUACAGACAGUGCUUGAAAAGAUCAAUGAAACCCUUAAACUUCCUCCAAGAAGCAUUAAAUGGAAUGUUGACUCUGUUCAUGCUAAAAGCCUCGUAGCAAUACUUCAUCUUCUGGUUGCAUUAUCACAGUAUUUUCGAGCACCAAUCCGACUCCCAGAUCAUGUGUCCAUUCAGGUGGUUGUUGUGCAGAAACGAGACGGAAUCCUCCAGUCUCGACAAAUCCAAGAGGAAAUAACUGGUAACACUGAGGCAUUAUCAGGAAGGCAUGAAAGAGACGCAUUUGACACUUUAUUUGACCAUGCUCCAGACAAGCUCAAUGUAGUGAAAAAGACUCUCAUCACCUUUGUGAACAAGCAUCUGAAUAAAUUGAAUUUGGAGGUCACUGAACUGGAGACCCAGUUUGCAGAUGGUGUGUACUUAGUCCUGCUAAUGGGUCUCCUAGAAGGCUAUUUUGUUCCUCUGCAUAGCUUUUUCUUGACUCCUGAUAGUUUUGAACAAAAGGUCCUCAAUGUAUCCUUUGCAUUUGAGCUAAUGCAAGAUGGUGGAUUGGAAAAACCAAAGCCAAGACCAGAAGAUAUUGUAAAUUGUGACCUGAAGUCUACACUGAGAGUACUGUACAAUUUGUUUACCAAAUACAGGAACGUGGAGUGAAGAAUUGAUUUGGGUCGUAAAGGAGUGUUAAGAAGGAAGCAUCAUAACUAGCAUAUUUUUUAUCAGUAUUCCUCUGCAUCUUUAUCUGAAAAGGAACUGAACCAUUUAUCUGAAGCAUUUUCAAUUGAUUAUUCAUGCACUACUAUUUUUAUAGUAGAUUUAAAACUAAAAAUGAAGAAAAAAGGUUUGGAGGAAGAUAUUUGGGUAUAUUCUGGGAGAAUUAAUGUCUCAGUAAUAACUGUCUUCACACUGUUCUGCAGUAGGUGGAGAAACAAUGAAAAAAGAUAUAGUAACUUUGAUUCAAAUCAGCAUUUGAAGCAAAUUAUAGGAAGAUUCUGUACUGAGUAUCUAUUUGAAUAUUUUUUACAUAUGUCUUUUCUAAUCUGGGGAGGGGAACGAUAUUUUAUAUCCAUGAUAAGACAGUUGCAUUCUAAUUAUGGGAAAUGUGCAUGGGGAAAAACAGUUAAAUACUCUUGUUCACAUCACAGCUAAAAAGAUACUUUUUCAAGCACUUAACCUAAUCGAUUUAUAUUCCCAGUGCUAUUAGGCUUGAUUUUUAGGGGUACAAACUGAAGUGGCUACUCAUUCCUUCAGACUUACUAUAGUGUGAUGCUCUGCUUUAACUAUGUGUUAUUGAGCAUUCCGCAUAAGCACGGUUUGCAGCUUGUCACUUGGUUUUGUUCAGGAAGAGGUCUUUUUUACAAAGUACAUGUUUCAGGAAAACACAUUAUAUAAUACAGUUUCCCUAUAAUAUUUGUAUUAUUAUGUAGCAUUAGAAAGUAAAAGAAUGGUUUGGUUUUCAUUUGGUAAUUUAAACACAGGAUUACCAGGUUGUAAGUUUAGAUUUAUUGCUAAGUAGGAUUUAGAAUUUGUCCCUUUGUUUGAUUUUAUGAUGCAUGUAUUUUGCUGCUUAAUGUCCAACACAAAAAAAGAAAGAUUCAUUUUCUAGAAACAUUCCUGUAGCCUUUCAGUUACAAAAGCACUGCUUUUUGGUCAAAACUACUUCCAUUUGCAAAGACUCCAUUACAAUGUAAGGUUUUUGGGUCAUUUUACACAGCUAUAAAGAAUACUUUUAUCUAAUCAUGACCAAGUAUAAGCUGUUACCUGUUUGGUUUUAGCUUUAACAAAGACAGGAAAGAGAAAUGGGAGUUGAUUCUUGUCUUAGACCGAUACCAAGCACCCAUUAUGUUUCCAUAAAGAAGCUGAUGGAGACUGCUCGAAUCAUCAAAAACUCUGCUGGCAUAAGUUGAGGAGUAAAUCAAUCGUUUGCUGGAAGUCUUGAUGUUAGAUAUUCUUCUAAGUGAAGUGAUCCAAUGCAACCACAGAUUCUUGGGAUCCUGAGUUACAGAGUAAGGAAGAAAAUCCUUAGACAGAAAUUACUGAAUGACUGUUCAGAAAUCCUUGGACUGCUUACUGCAGGAAGGAGACUUGUUAAUAGUCAUCCAAUUACAACAACUGGUAUAGGUAAAAGGGAAAGCAAUCCAUCAGCUCUUGGGUCUGUUCGUCUGUAGAAAUGCAGUGCUGGCAAGAACAGCCAGUAACAGCUAUAUGUUACUUAUAUAAAGCAUUACAUAUUUUUCAAUUUUUCAGGGCUUUUUUAAUGUAGAGCUUUCCAGUCCAAUAUUAGCAAAAAAGGAAGACAAGCAAUUACGUUCUGUCUUUAAUCACAGAAUCAUAGAGUGGUUUGGGUUGGAAGGGACCUUAAAGCUCAUGUAGUUCCAACCCCCUGCCAUGGACAGGGGCACCUUCCACUAGACCAGGUUGCUCAAAGCCGCAUCCGUAAUGAACACUCAUAAUGAACACUAACUGAUGUUACAGAAAUUAUUAUUCUGAGAAAUAUAUAUCAACAUUUGCAAAGGAAAGUCACUAUAUAAUUCAGAGGACAAUACCUGGAUGUUCUCUGAACUCAGAAAUUGUUAUCUGAUUGUUAUAAGCUUUCUAAGUAUCUUUAUUAAAAUAUUUUGUUACCGCUGUAUUUUUAAAAGUUUCUGAAAUUAGAGGUACAGAAAAUUAACAAUUAUUUGCCUUUUACAGAGGGAAAUAACUGGACAUUUUGACCUCCAUGAAAAUGAACAUGUUUUGAUUAUAUCUUUAAUAUCUGAGAAGCAAAGCAAAACAAUAGGAAUCAACCAAGCAUUUUUAGAGCAAACUGAGACCAGCAGCAGUUUCAGCUUAUUUAAUGUUUAACAUGUACGUUUUUCAUUUGUGCACCUAGAUUGUAGUAACUGUAAUAGUUAAUUAAAAACAUGUACGAUGUUUUUCUGCAGAUCAUGCUCAGCUGAAACAUUCUUUUACAUCUCAGCAAUGCUAAAACAUUUUUAUUGCCCUUGUUUUCAGGAGUGCACUUUCUUUAAAGAGGAGAUUUAUACGUGUAAAGGAAAAAAGUUAGGAACAAUGAAACUGUUUUUUGCCUGGACUUGAAAGUAAGUGUUCCUGUGCUAUACUGGUAUAACGUUUUGGAGAAUUUGAAGUCUAUCAGGCUCUAUUUUCUAUCCUUAAAAAACAUAAAACUGAGACAGAAUGAUGGAAUCCUCAUGCUGAAAUGUAAUUAUGCAGAAUCGUAGAAACAAAUAAUAUCCAACCUUUACACAAUUAUCUAUCCUAUCCUAAGAAUUUAUGUAAAUGAAAAUCUAUUGUAUAAACGAGAGUGUCUUAUGUAAAUAUAGACCCACGUGAUAGUUUUAACACAUUCACACAAAUAGUAUAUGCUGCCAUGUAGAGUGGGUCACUGCUUAUAUUUUUGACAGUGUAGAUUUAAAUAGCUAUCAGAUAAAUAUGAAAUCUAAUAUACAGAUUAUAUCUAAUAUUUAUUGCUUUGAUACAGAAUAUUAUAGAAAUAUAGAAUACUACUGUAGACAGUUUGCCCUUCAGCAAUCAGUGUAGGCCAGCACCUUCCUUCAGGGAAGUGAAAUGUUAGGUUAACUGGGCCAAAUUCUGAUGAUGCCUGUGAUGCUUUUAUUCUUGAUACAGAGCAGUGUAUACUGAUGUACAGCUGAAUGCAGAAUUUUCCUCACUGUUUAUAUUAAGAUAGAAGUUGUUUAAAUUUUAGGUCAAUCCUAGUUUUAUUUAUAUUUGCGUUAAAUGAUUAAAUAGAUCCAGAUCAACGGAUGUAGCCCAUGUAAGAUAUGAACAGUCACCUGGAGAGGCAAGUUUUUCUCCUGGUCCCAGAGGGAGCCUCUAAUCUUGAGGCUGCUGUCUCAGUGAUUUGGCUAGGUUUCUAAAGCCAAGUAGUAUGAAUCCAAGCCACUGCCUUAAGAUCUCAUGGUGGUAUUCGGAUCUCAUCCACCAGACCAAUAUGCUUGUCUGUCGUGCUCUGUCACAUGAAGGCCCACAAGUAGUGGAGUCCAUUGAAAACUGGCAGAAUAUUAACCUGCCUUGAAUAACAAACAGUAAACAUUUCUGCUGCUGGGGCAUUAUGAAACUGCCAAAAGAACAGAGCUUUCUAUGCUUCUCUGAUUUCUAAUCCGUCUGUUGCCUCCAGCAAUGUGGUAUCCAGGUUUGUUUUGUGGUUGGAGAUAGGCAUUCUUUUCCUAUUGAUGGAGCCUGGCAUGCUCUGUCAACCACACAAAACUUACUUUUUUUCAAAGAGCAGCUAGAGAUUCUUAAUAGUAUGUCAAAAAGAUGUUGUUAAAAUAAUUAUCUAAAAUCCUAGUAUCUUGAGGUCAACUCCUCUCAGAUUUCCUUCCCAGCUGACUGUCAUUUAGUUGCUGUAAAGAACAGGCCCUAGUAAAAAAAAAAGUAUUGAAGGAAUCUUUUCAUAAUUUUACCUGAGAUACACACAUAAAGUCCAGAAUUUGAUUGCUCUAUAUUUCUGAUGGAGUACAGAUGCACCAAGUUUCUUAUUAAAUGAGCUGACUGAAGAAUAUUUAGUUCUUUCCAUUUCUUAGUCAGUAGAUAUCUUCCUGUAAUAGGGCGGCAGCAGCCUUAUACGUAGUUCAGGAAUUCAAGUGGAGCAGCAAGUGUUGUAUAAUGUCCAAAUCUACUUCGACUGACUGUGGACCAAGUUGCCGAUCAGCAUAUCUCCAUGUGAACCAGUGGCGUUAAAUCAACAGAGGGUUUGGUCCUUUCUGUUUUACAGAGGGUUACAGUACUUGUGAAUGGUUUGCAUUCAGGCAGACUAUAUUGAUUGAGGUAAAUGCUACUCAGUUGACUUUUGUUCUUAAUUUCUGAAAGUGUGUUUUUAAAUUCAUGUUUCAGAUUAAUUUAGCAGACACCUUGCUGCAAGCGACAGUCACAUAAAGCAAAAUGACUUUUAAAAGUAAUGGGAUUUAUUUCAUUAGAGAAAGAUAUAUAUGAUAUUUAAUAAACUGGAUACUAGCUUUAGGUCUAGUUUUUGUUGUUCCUGUCUUCCUAUCAAAACAGCUUUCAUGAAUGGCCUGUGUGUGUGCCAAGCACGCAAAAAAGAACAGUGCCUUGAAUAACUCUUGCAAGAUUUUCUACACUAUUAUCUAAUAGACUUUUGUCAUUUUCCUAUAAGAAUUAGUGUAGGGUUUCUUUUUACAGUGAGAAGUACAAUUAAAAGCUGAAGAAAUCCUUUGUAGAAAGUUAAAAUUAGCUUAAAUUAAGGUCUUUCAUUUUGAUGUCUCACAUGAAAAAUGGAGAUAGCAGCACCAAAAUUCCCAAAUUAUGUGUACCUCAGCAUCCACAAUUUUUCCAAAGAUGUUUUGAGUCAUUUAGUAGUUACUAGGGCUGAUUUUACAUAUUUUGGCAAUAUCUUCUGUAUGAGUGUUUCUUUUCCAGUAAUGAGAUUUUCUUUUCUGUCUAACAGUUUAAUACUACACACUCUGCAACAAUGUAUGUUUCACUGUAAUAUUUGGUUCUCAAUUUCAAUAUCAAACUAAUGAAAAAAUAGAAUAUUUGCAAAAUCUGCUUCUUAACAUGUGUAUCUGAAAGUAAGGGUUAGUUUAAAUUAAGCUGCAUUGCUUUCAGCUGAAGAGUUAGCUUUCACAGAAUGUAUUUUAUGUACCCUGUAAGUAAGAGACACCAUUGCUGAAUUUUUCCUGUGCUUUUUCUGAAACCUUUAUUAUGAUCCACAAUAAAAUUUGCACCUGAAAAAUCAA